AUUGUAGUCGUGGCUGAUGUAGAAAACAACAUUGGUUCUAAUCUGCUUCUCAAAGUAGUAGUUGGAGUAUUUGCUGUAGUCUUCCGUCAUGAAUCCGUAUGCACUCACCUGAGGAGGACGGACAGAGACAAAGAAAACAUGGAGGACAGGGUACGGUAUAUAUUGCACUCACAGUCUGAGGACUCAACUCUCCUCGGCCACAAGGAGGAGUCAGUGUAACACAACAACAGAACCCGUGCUGACAAGACAGUUGGCUCCAAAACUGCUGAUCCAUACAUAAACAGAAAGGGUGAAGAGAACACGGUCAUGACAUCUUCAUCAUGUAAAUAACGUAAAGGUCCAGGGGAUGAACCAUCAGGACAGGAGAAAACAAACAACUAAAAGGCUUUACAACCCUGCCCACUUAUGUUAUCAAAUAGAUCAAGUUAGUGAAUUUCAGGAGUGAAAGACACUCCUGUCCAAAUACUUGACUCUGGUUCAUUGAACUAAAAAGGCUCCACUUCUCAGCGAUGGCAGUCCGAGUCACCAGGACAUUUUCUCUGUUAAGUGUGAUAUCACUUGGCAUUAUUCUUUUUUUUCUAUCAUGGGAAGGUUCAGAAACAAACUUCAGCUGGACAAGUUUGUCAGGGAACUGGACUCCACGUCCUGCCGUAUUAAUCCCACCACCCAUGAAAGCUUCUACAAAUGCACCUGCAGCUGAGACGCCAAUGCCCGUCCUCUCCAAGAAAUCCUUCAAGAAGCUUCCAAAGUGGGAUUUUGAGGAUGUUUAUAACCAGGAUGGCCGUCCUGGACAGAGAACCUGUCCCCAGUCUCUGAGAAACUCAAAGGAUGAGAGCUUCAAGAAGACUUUUCUUCCCAACAUACGUUUGUUUCUGCACAAAGACAACAUCAACAUGAGCGAAUGGAACCGACUUUCACAUUUUAACAAUCCUUUUGGUUUUAUGGAGUACAAGUACGACGAUGUGAUGACUUCAGUGAAGCUGAUUCCAAAGCCAACAGAGCCUCUGCUCCUUCCAAAACCAGGAGGUGAUGGCUGUGUGCGCUGUGCCGUGGUGGGUACCGCAGGAAUCCUCAAUGCAUCCAAAGCUGGUGCAGAGAUCGACUCUCAUGAUUAUGUUUUCCGGAUGAACGGGGCCUUGACCAAGGGUUUUGAGGAGGACGUAGGAAACAGAACAGAUGUGUACGUUCACACAGCCCACUCCAUCACCGCAUCGCGAUACUUGUUGAAGAAGUACGGCUACACGGGUGCCCCUCAUGAUGAGGGGAUAAAGUACGUCAUGAUUGCUGAAGGAUUGAAAGACUUCCGGUGGCUGGAGGGUCUUCUGAAAGGAGAAAGUGUCCGUGCCGGCCCGUACCGCAAAUCAGAGCCAAGACCAUACUACUCAGGGCAGUACAACGAGAGCCGCUUCUACGUUCUGCACCAAGACUUCCUCCGAUACGUACGAAACAGGUUCCUGUUGUCUCGUAAUCUGAAUGCUUCAUACUGGUGGACAGUCAGACCAACCAAUGGGGCUUUCACUCUUUUGCUGGCUCUGCACACCUGUGACAUAGUGAGUGCAUACGGGUUCAUGACGGAAGACCACAGCAAAUACUCCAACUACUACUAUGAGAAGUACAUUAAAACCAAGGUCAUUUUCUACAGCUACCACGACUAUAUUCUGGAGAAGAAUUUGUGGAAAAGUCUUCACGACAGGAAAAUACUUAAGCUAUAUCAGAAAUCUGACUCAGGGCCAGAAAAGCCGAAGCAACCUUAAUACAUCAAGAAUGGCAGCAAUGGAAUCCAGAAGUUAGGUCGUGUUUUCUUUGUUAACAUAUGUUUAGACAAAGCGAGGCUGUCACAUCACAUAUGGCAAAUUGUGUGGUUAGGGGGAAAAAAAAAAAAAAAUAGACAAAGCACUAGACAUCUUUGCCCCAGAACCAGUUUGUAUGUCAAGUUGUGAAGUGAAAAUAUAAUAACAGACCAGAUGUGAGGAAGUGGGAAAUGCAUGGCACUUUCUGAGUUUACACCUGGAUCUAUAUCAUUGUGUUGCACUUUCUGAGAGAAAUGCUGCCUAGUCAAUUUUAUUUGUCGGUCUUUUUGCCUUGCUGAUCCUUACUUGUUUAUUUUUGUUUGUGCCCCAGGCAAUGAUGUUUGUAUGCUAUUUAUAAGUAUUGAUGCCUGUCUUUAGGUUUUAGGUUUAGGUUAGGUGUCGUUGUAAGGGGGCGUUCAUGGGUCAAGUGGAAUUUUUAUAUGGUUUAUGAAGUACUGAAAUUGUGCCAAAAGGUAUGUGCCAAACUGGGGUUCCUGUUGUUCGUUCAAGUUAUUGGUACAUUUUUGUUUGUGGGUUUUCUAAUAUUUUUAUUUUUUUUUGGAACGUGUCAUUUUACCAACACCCAUAACUUUGAGUGUGGUUUAUAAAUAAAGAACGCAAACUCUUUAAUCAUCGUAGCCAUUGAAUAGAACUGUCUACAUCUUGCCUUUUUAUGGAAGUGGUUUUCACUUUUCAAGUGUUUAUACACAUUUACCUCCUCUUUGUCUCAUCGUCAUUCACAUGAAAUAACAAAGAAAUGUAUCAAAGAUAAUAAUACUCUUUAGAAAUAAGGCGCAUUGUUGUGAAGGAGAGAUUAUUAUUUAUAUGAGAUUAUUAUUUAUUAUUAUACAUUACUUUUUUUUCUGGUUUCUGAUUGAUGAGUUGGUGGGCUUUUAUGUUUGAAGUAAUAUGGUUAUAUGGCUAUAUGCAUGGUUGUUGUAAGACUGGUAAUAUUUGCAAUCAAGACGUUGAAGGAAUUUAAUAAAGAUGUUUUUGAAGACCA